AUGACAGAGGGGAAGGAGCAGAUGGAGGAGUUCCUGGGGGACGGGAGUGAAGACGGCGAUGCGAUCGACAAUGGGAGCAGGAGUAGCGGAGGAAGCAGUGACGGAAAGGACGAGGAGAUGAGGAUGGGGAUGGGUGAGGAUGAUUCUCCCCCAUCUUCUCCAUUCUAUUCCCGGCAGUGGCCACGGAGCUUCAGGCAAGGCCUCUUUGUUUACUCCUCCGCCAUUGUCAGCUUGUGAUUAUUUGUCCAUUGAUUUCUUUAAUCGUGCCAUUCCUUAUUCCAUCGGAUGAUACCUAAAUGAAUUUCUGUGCCCUCAGAACUGCACCCAUACCUUGCUUUUCCUGCCUUCUUCAUGAGCUACUGCCUGUUCUCUCUUACAUUCUCAUUCGAAUUUGAAUGUGUGGCUCUACUCGUCCCCAGUAGUCUAUUCCACUUCAUCUGGUUUUGAGAAUAAGGCGGGAACGGAAUAUUUAUUUUAAAUUGGAUAGUUGGAAAUGAGGCGUGAAAAUCAGAAUUGAGUUCUGAGUGACUUUUGAAACCAGACGAACGAAGUCGAACUAGUUGCAGGAAAUUUUUAUGUAGUCCACUAGGAGUCCAACAAAAGGCAUUUUAUCCCUUUGGCUCCAGUUGGAAUUCACAGUAGCAUUUGUUAAAAACCAAGUAAACCAGAAAUGAAUUAUGUAGAUCGUCGAUAUUCCGAACUUGGAUUUAAGGUAAAACUAAGGCUUUAUACAAACUAAAUCACGAUCAAUAUCUUGUUCGUCCCACAAAAAAUGUGGAAAAAUAAACUCAACAGCUGACUUUUGGGUGUCUGUUUAUGGAGUGGUGGGUGGUGGCUUUCAGAAUGGAUCUGACUCAGUGGUCGACAGUUGGAAGGGAUGGGCAGAAGAGAAUCGAAUUCAGACGAUAAUGUGAUUAUAAACUUACAAGCCGAUGCCAAUGAACGAAAAUAAAAAGGUUAUGUGGAACGUUCAGAUUAUAUCAACUAUACAUUUCGUUCAGUAAAAUUGAAUAAAUGGGGCUCACACUUUGCCGUAAGUUGAUCUUCUUGGAUGAUGCCUCGGAGUGCGUUUGUCAUUCCCUUUUCCUCAUCUCUGGGUUCUCUCAGUCUUGAUUUACAAUGCUCCGCCUGAGUAUUGGCUUCUGGAUGACAGGGAAACAACUGAUUCUUUCACAAUAUCACCGUCCCCAAAUUUUCGAUUCAUUGGACGCGCUACUAGUCAGAGAUCAAAUUCCAACCUCUACAACCAGACUGAACAUGACGCUGACCUGAAGUCGCCUCUACUGUCUCAGAGCUCAUAUGUGCCUGAAGAUUCAGAUAAAAACUUUCAGCAAUCAUACAGAUCAACCUCCGAUAAGGAAAUAUCUUUUCACGUGCAAUAUACUGAUAAAGGGUAUACUCGCCAAAGAUGUAACUUAACACAGACUGUGUUUAAUGGUAAGCUGUGUUAUUAACCUUAUGCUUUUGUUUUGCUUUUAAGACUAUCUCUAGAUCACAAUUAGUAAGAUUUGGAUUAUCCUUGUCAAUGCUGGUCUUCAUAUGGAUCGUAAGAUUCCUAAUGGGACGUUCCUUUUUAUUUACUUUUUUCGUUUUAAACAGGAAUGAAUGUUCUAGCUGGUGUUGGUGUCCUAUCCACGCCAUUUGCCGUGAGAGAGGCUGGCUGGGCCAGCUUGGGACUCUUGCUCCUCUUUGCAGUUGUUUGCUGUUAUACAGGCGCCCUCCUCAAGUACUGCUUUGAAAGCAAGGAAGGCAUGUCAAGUUAUCCAGACAUCGCUGAAGCUGCUUUUGGAAGAUAUGGGCGACUUUUCUUAUCUGUGAGUCCUUUUCUAGAAAUUUCUUCCUCGUAGGAUUUGAAUGGCAGACAUGAAGAGACGCAUAUAGAGUUUAUUGAACCCAAGAAUACUGUUCUUGGUUGUUUAAUGCUCAACUUCAGAUUUCACUAAGAUCGAGGACACAGGUAGAUUUUUCAAACGGAAAGUUUGUAGUAGCAUAAUAAGCGAAGUGAUCAAUUGACUGUGGAUGAGGCCAGACAAGGACCGAGUAGGGCCGGAAGUAGGAAAUUUACCCACGCCAGAGUGACAUCACCUUUUGUUUUUUCUUAAUUUAAACAAAACAGAUGAUCUUAUUUCACUGAAUAUCGUAUCAUUUUUUAUAUUAAGUAGGUUUUCCCUAUUGGAGGCAUGGCCUAGAUGAAAGAGAAUUAAGCAACCUUCCCAAAAGAUACUUACACCCUGUUCCCUGGUUCAUGGGUAAACGAUAAUUUUCAUUAGGAUUAAAAAAAAAAAGUUUUUCCACCGGCAAAGGGGAUGGUUGACCCACCCGCGUAGUCGAACGGGUCACUGUCUUCUUGCAUCUGUUUCACUGAUUUUCCCUCAUCUUGUUCGUUGAUUUCGAGUCAAUUCUAUCGAUAUGAUCUGGCGAUAUUGAAUUCCUUUUCCUUUUCCUUGCAGAUUAUUCUAUACACAGAACUAUACGUAAGUCAAAAGAGAGCCGAAUGCUUGGGGAGCUCCUCAUCCACAUGAUUGUUUAUUCUGUUCGACUGAUCCCUCUGCGCCACUUUCUCUUUCCUAUGGUCGCCUGAAUGCAGUCAUCUUGCGUGGAAUUCAUCAUCUUAGAGGGCGACAACCUCACAAGGAUUUUUCCCGGAGCUUCCCUCGAUUGGGCAGGGCUUCACGUUGACUCCACGCACUUGUUUGGAAUGUUGACCGCCCUGGUCGUCCUACCCACCGUGCUGCUUCGUGAUCUCAAAGUCGUCUCCUACAUUUCAGGUUCAACCCGCCCGCCAAAUUUCGAUGACUUCACCGCCAUUAUAUGAAUGGAUGACAAUUUUUUCCCAAUAGAGUAUCUUAUAAUGCUUUGACCCAGGAUCUUCUUAUCCGUUCAUAUCCUCCUUUUCAGCUGGCGGCGUCCUCGCCACCCUUCUAGUUUCUCUUUCAGUCGUCUUCGUCGGCGUUACGGAUGAUUAUGGAUUUCAUCAGACCGGCAAGGCUGUGAACUGGAGCGGUUUCCCCUUCGCGAUUGGUGUAUAUGGGUUCUGCUUCUCGGGCCACGCGGUCUUUCCAAACAUCUAUCAGUCCAUGGCUGACCCAAAAAAGUUCAACCACGCGUUGAUAAUAUGGUGAUCUGAUAUGCUCUCGACUUUUUUGCUAAAUAUGUCCAUCUUAUUUUCCUUUUCUAAGAUGUCAGCUCGUCCGCGUUGACCUUUUACAAAACAGCUUCGCUCUGUGCACUGCCGUGUACGGCGGUACAGCCAUCUUCGGAUAUCUCAUGUUUGGGCAAGAAACUCAGUCGCAAAUAACCCUUAACCUGCCGAAGAACGGAUUUGCUUCAAACGUUGCGAUCUGGACGACGGUAAUUCCCGCAUUCCUGGAGCUCUUCGCUGACUUUGCUCCAUUGACGACCCUCGAUUUCCUCUCUUCUGAUUAUGAUUCUUCCCGCAGGUGGUCAACCCGUUUACCAAAUAUCCUUCAGCCGGGGCUCAGAUGAUCUGAUCUUCUUUAAAAAUAAAUAAUUAUUUUUUAAAAUAAAAACUGUUGUUCAUCCCUCGGGAUCCUGCUGUGAGAUUUCCUUGACAGAGAAACACGUACGCAUUGCUGCUGAAUCCGAUCGCGAGGAGCAUCGAGGAGCUUCUUCUCCCGCAGAUCUCCGACCGGAUGUGGUGCUUUGUCCUGCUGAGGACGACGCUCGUCCUCUCGACCGUCUGCAUCGCUUUUAUUCUGCCUUUCUUCGGUGAGCAUCCGAGGGGGGAGCUUUCUUUGACCGCAGAUCCCCUCACGGCCUACCUCGGAUCUAAGAAAACCACGCUUCCUCCUUGCAGGUCUUAUGAUGGCUCUGAUAGGCUCUCUUCUCAGUGUACUGGUGGUAAUUUCUGACUUUCAUCGCCUCUCUCUCUCUCUCUCUCUCUCUCUCUCUCUCUCUCUCUCUCUCUCUCUCCUGCGUGACUGAUAGGUGCGUGUCGAGCCCAUCUUCCGGGCUUUUGACUAACCCGGGUUUGGCAGAAGACCUGAUGAACAGCACCCCCCCCCCCUUUUCUCUCUCUCCCUCUCUCUUCCUCUCUCUUCCUUUGUCUCUCUUGCAGGCGAUCAUCUUCCCCGCCCUAUGUUUCCUGAAGAUUGUGAGGAGCAGGGCCACGCCAUUGCAGGUCGACUCGAUCUAUGAAGAAAAAUUUCUCUUGGAUGGGGGAGGGGAAAAAAGGAAAAAGGUUAUGUUGACUUAAUGGGUUCCUUGGUUCUCUAACAGGUCACUCUGAGUGUCGCCAUAAUUGGGCUGGGCGUGGCCUGUGCUGUUCUUGGGACGUACUCCUCCCUGUCGCGGAUCGCCGGCAGCUACUGA